AUGGAUGGGAAAUGUGUGAAAGUGAGUUUGGAAACAGAGCAUACCAGAGGGCUGUCCACAGUCUGCCUCAGUGACCCACCCACCCAUUGUGUUAGAGCAGCAGGAAUUCUGAGGUACAAUCGGGAGUCUGACAACCUCAGGACAAACUCAGCAACCAUUCUUCCAUUGGUAAAAAGAUCAAUAAAAUGUGAGUACUGCGGAGAAAAGGCCCAACCAUCACUGGAUCUGUCAUGGACACCGGGACCUGAGCCAGGUCCGCUCUUCUGCUGUGCCCAGCGGUGGUGGUUGUAUGAGAUGCUGGUGAAGCAGAGAUGUUUGGCUGAGGGAGAUGUUUACCCGAGGACUACAACAUCGCCGGAAGACAAACCAGCCACAGAGAUGGAGGAGCUUGUCUUCCAAGGGAAAGAGACAGAAGAUCACAGCAAGUUUAUCAUGGACUUACCACAUGGACUUGGAGAACAAUCAGUUCUGGGAAUCGAUGAGGAUUUCUCAAUCCAGCUACCUGCGGCAGAAACCUUUGCUCCACCAUCAAAGGUCCUUAGCUUCCGGCUCUCACGUGCCCCAGAAACAGGAUGCUGGACAGUGUGUCCUUGUAACGUAACUGAGAAACACUUGAAAAUAGAGGGGAAGGAGGAACAGCCAUUGUUUUCUUUUUGUGACCACAAGCCACUUAAAUUCGGCAUAUGUCAUCAUCAGGCUGAGGCUGAAUGUCUACAGAAGUAUUAUUCCAACGGAGUUAAAUUUCUUACGGUGUUCCCUAAUGGCUCUGCCCAGGUCUUCUAUCCCUCAGGCCUCUUGGCCCUCAUUGUCGUGGUCACUGAGGAAAAUGGCAGAGUCUGCAUCGUGUAUGAUGACAGCGUUGCCUCCCGUCAACCAGUUAGAGCCAUGUUCCAGUCUGACGGCAAGGCGACAUGUUAUCACAGCAAUGGCAACAUAUGGCUGAACUUAAAUAGUUCAGGCGGUCAGUGUUUUGAUGAGCUGGGUGCCAGGGUACGUCGGUGGAGCUGGGGUAGCGUGGGCCUCGCUCCAGCUCCCCUUCACCCUGUCUUCCUGUCCCUCAAUGAGGCUGUUGGGGUCCGAGUCCUCGGGAAGGAACAAGUGUUUGUCUCCUUCCUGGCAAAAGGUCAACAGGCUAAAUUCAGUGUGGCUACCUGCUGCGCUCAGGGUGAAUGUAAAACAGACAUGGCUGUGUCGGGGCCUUCAGUACUGAAGGAGGAGCUGUUUGUGUUAGCAGCCAGGAUCAGGAUCAACCUGGCCAUCCAGCAUCUCCACCAGUGCCUGAUGACGCCCUCGCACCCCCGGCUGCCGAAAACCACACAAGCCCCGCACCUACAUGUUGUUGCCCAGAGACUUCUGGAAGUCAGCGCUGAUGUGAUGAUGAGUGACAGUGAAAGAGCCUUUAUCUGUCGGUGCCUUCAGGAUUAUCUUUGAUGUACUAGUCAUAAAUACAUUAAAACAGUGA